CGACUUUCAGCGCCUGGCAAAUCCUCACUUUUGGGCAGAGACCCUGGCCAUCUCCAUCUUCCCCUCUCCUGUCUGAGGGUCAUUGCUCUUCAUUGAAUUUUCUGCAGAAUAUCAAUUGCUUCUCUUUUGUCUCUAGAUAGUUCCAUCAACCUCAAGUACAGAUUCUCUCACACAGUAGCACAGCACCAUGCGGCUGUUGCUUCUUCUCCUCCCGCUCUUGGCCGGGGUGCGUCAUUCUCUCGCUGACGAUACAACCUCAACAACCUCCGGUUCGACCACCGAGGUCGUGGGUACCGGCAUCCUCAGCCUCGAUGGCACUCUCACGACGACAAUCAGUGAGGCUACUCUGCCCACCGGUGACUACCUUUCGUAUUCUUCCACCAUCACCCUCUCCGAUGGACAUGGCGCCACCACCUCGACCAUCACGUCCGCUUCGGCCAACGCGACCGCCUCUUCGAAUUCGACGAGCACCUCCACGACCGACUCGCUGACAGUCCUGGUUGGUGGUGGGCAUACGAUGACCUUGGGGAAUUCAACCGCCAAUGCCACGCAUACGACCUCUUCAUCGCCCUCGGCCUCCCCGGUUAUCAACACCAGGCCUUGCAAUAACUACCCAGAGCUAUGCAAUCGCAAAUACUCCAACAUCACCAUGGUCGCCGCCCACAACAGUCCGUUUGACAGGGUGGGAAAUGCUGCCUCGAACCAGGCGUUCGACGUGGUUACCCAGUUGAACGAUGGUAUUCGCAUGCUGCAAUUCCAAACCCAUUAUACCAACGGAACCAUAUAUCUCUGCCAUACGAGCUGUGAGAUUCUCGACAUGGGUACUCUCGAAAGCUAUCUCACCGACGUCGCAAAAUGGAUGAAGGCAAACCCGUACGACGUGGUCACUAUCCUGGUUGGAAAUUACGACUAUGUGUCUCCCCAGAACUUCACCGCUCCAUUCGAGAAUUCAGGGCUCAUGGACUUGGUCUACACCCCGCCCAAGAUCCCCAUGGCUCUGGAGGACUGGCCGACGUUGUCAAGUAUGAUCUUCUCCGGCAAGAGGGCGGUUGUUUUCAUGGACUACCAGGCCGACCAAAAUGCCAUGCCGUGGCUCAUGGACGAGUUCACCCAGAUUUGGGAGACCCCCUUCUCGCCCACUGAUCCCGCCUUCCCCUGUGACAUCCAACGGCCACCAGGACUCUUGAAAAAGGAUGCCGUGAACCGGAUGUAUAUGGCCAACCACAACCUCAACGUUGACAUUAGUUUUGCCGGUCUCAGCCUUCUCAUUCCCAACACGGCUACGCUCAGUGUCACCAACGCCGACAAAGGAAACGGCAGUCUUGGAGAAAUGGCCGAAACUUGUACCCACCAAUAUAACCGUGCCCCCAACUUUCUGUUGGUGGAUUACUACAACUACGGAAAUUUCAACGGCUCUGUCUUUGCCGUGGCAGCAAAGGCCAACAACCUCACAUACACCGGCACAUGCUGCGGCACGACUUCUGGUGCCUCUGUCCAGAUUCCGGGAUCGAGUGCAAUUGGCAUGCUGGUGGUGGCUGCAGGUGCCCACUUCGUCGCAUCGAUGUUUUGAACCAUUUAGCCGAGCGCUUCUUCUGAAUUGUUCUUAUAGAUACAUUGCCUCCGCAAGGUUGUUGUUAGGAGUUAUGGAGUAUCGAUUUCGAUUCUGUUUUAUAUAUAACCUUUCUUUUCCACGAUGACAUGACUGCAUUAAUAUUAUGUGCCGGCUUGUACAGGUGCUGUGCAGUGUUUGCAGACUUGAAUAAAUGUGCAUUUGACCUUUGUGUCUUGGUCUGGCUUGACCAUUUGGAAUAUUCCGUCAGCCAGCUUACAAAAUUGAAUAUAUCAUAGGAAUACAUACUUACAUUGA